GCGAGCACAAUGUUUGUUUUUAGCUGAAAUGGUUUAGCUAAUUAUGCCAACAUGCCCCGGUAUUGUGCAGUGAAGCUCUGCAAAAACCGAGGAGGCGUCUUGUCGAAGGACAACAAAAGGAUCAGCUUUUAUCCGUUUCCCUUGCGUGACCAGGCGAGGCUGCAGCAAUGGGUGGACAACAUGAGGAGGGCGGCCUGGAUGCCCAGCAGGCACCAGUAUCUCUGUAGCGAACACUUCACCGAAGACUCCUUCGACCUCAGAUGGGGGAUUCGCUAUCUCAAACACACGGCCGUCCCUACUAUAUUCCCAUACAUCUGUGAGGAUGAAGGUGGUCAGCUGCGGGCCAAGAGGAGUCCUAAGGAGAGGAGAGGGAGAGCAGCGGACAGCUCUGACAUCCAGGAGGCGCUCACCUCCUCAUCACCUCCUCCUGUUUUCACCUCCUCAUCUCCUCCUCCUCCCAAGAGGAGUCUCCUCCUCCUCAAGCACAGCGACCUCAACAAUAACAACAGGAGGAGCAGCAGCAGUGAGGUGUGCAGAGGGGACAUUAGUGACGUGUGCAGAGGGGACAUUAGUGAGUGUGUCGGCGGUGACAACCGGGUCUUCUCCAUCCUCCUAGUGGGUCACCUUGAACCUACCCCAGAGCAUCAUGGGAAGAUGCAGAUGCAGACGGAGCCCCGCCCCUUGCAGCAGCACGCAGCUCCCUUAUUGGUGGAUGCGUCCUGCAUCGAGCCCUGUGAUAGGCUGCCGCUGGGUUCGAGGGGCGGGCCAGAGGAGACCGCCGUGGCCGCGCUGCCUUGUGAGACGCAACCGCUACAAACUUCUGAACUGGCGCCCAUGCGGCCUUUACACACACACACACACACACACACCUCUGAACUGCCCGUCACGGAAGGCUCUUUACACUCUGCAUCGCUCGACCCCGUGCUGAGCGAGAAUGGGGAGGAGCAUAAUGACACAGGGGUGGAGCUUCAUCAGACGAGUGCGUCGGGGGGCGUGCCAGCGGAGGUGAUGGGUGCAGGUGGCAUUAUGGAGGAGGAGGUGACGAAGGAGGUGGUGAAGGAGGAGGAGGCAAGAGGGGACGUGGAGGGCAAUAGCUCCUGCGUGUGGACACAGCUGGAUGUGUGUGUGUCAGGGCCAGUGACUGAAGAGGAGGAGAAUCAGGAGGAGGUGGAGGAGGAGAGAGAGGAGGUGAAGAGACCGGAGGCUGGUGAUGGAGACUCCGGCGCCUCCUUGUGGAGCGUCUGUGAUCACUCGUACGCACCGGUGACUGAAGAGGAGGAGGAGGAGGAGGAGGAGGAGGAGGAGGCAAGGGAGGUGGUGGAGGUGGAGGAGGAGGUGGAGGUAAAGAGACAGGAGGAAGCGAGAGAGGCUGUUGACUGCGGUGGCGCCCCCUUGUGGAGCUUGUGUGAGAAGCAAGAGGAGGAGAGGGAGGGGGUGAAGAGACAGAGGGCUGUUGGUGAUGUUGAGUGCGUUGGCGCCCCCUUCUGGAGCGUGUGUGAGCAGCAAGAGGAGGAGAGAGAGGAGGUGAAGAGACUGAAGGCUGGUGAUGGUGAUGUUGAGUGCGGUGGCGCCCCCUUCUGGAGCGUGUGUGAGCACUCGUACGCGCGUGUGGACCUGGACGAGCAGCAGCUGUGGCGGCGCGUGGCCUCCCUGCACGCCAAGAUGGCCGCCCUGCAGCGCCGCGAAGACGAGACGCUCGGCAGGAUACGCAGCGCGGAGAGCGCGCUCACAACGCUACGCAAACAACACAUUGUCACUCAGGAGCGGCAGAGGACUCUGGAGACACACUUUACUGCUGUCUACCUACAGUAGCACACACACACACACACACACACACACACUCUCUCUCUCCCUUUACAGCCAAAAGUUGGAUCCUUGUGUACAUCAUAACCCGCAUCUUAACAAUUCAGCCAGACUUUUGACUGUAGAACCGUACGCGCGCGCACACACACACACACACACAC